AUGAACCUAGACUUAAGGGGCAAGUCCUACAUGAACAUCCUAACUGAGGGCAGAAAGACAGGCCAGGGCAGUGGAGAUGACAGCGUGGCAGAUCUUCCAGUUCUCACAGAUGAAGACUUUUACCAAGUAAGAGCAUGCUGUACAUUCAAAGGUCCACAGUCUGAAGAAACCGAAUACACAGUAAGUUAUUUUUUUAAUAAGAACUUGAUGAUGGAGUACAACAGCACAAGAGGCAACUGGACGGGAUUCACAGCGUAUACAAUUGAAGCAGCAAAAUGGUGGAACAGUGAUCACCUUGAUCCACUAAAAAAAAGAAUUGAAAGGAAACUGUUGUGUGAGGACACAUUAGACCUCAUCCAAUCCAUAGAUAAUCUGACAACUAUACCCACCGUCAGACUAAAAUCAGUGAAAAGGCCUAAUGGCGAGCACGCAUCUACGCUUGUGUGCAGUGCCUACAACUUUUAUCCAAAACAAAUCAGAAUGAUGUGGAUGAGGAACGGCCAAGAGGUAACCACAGAUGUCAGUUACUCUGACGUGAUGCCUAAUGGUGACUGGUACUACCAGACUCAUUCCUACCUGGAGUAUUUCCCUACUUCAGCAGAAAAAAUUGCCUGUAUGGUCGAACACCUUGGUCUCUCCGAGCCGAUGUUUGUGGUCUGGGACCCCUCCCUCCCAGUGGAACAACGAACUCGGAUAGCUGUUGGACUGUGUGGACUCGUGAUUGGAUUUGUUAUUGCAAUAUCUGGAAUCAUCUACUACAAUAAGAAGUCUGCUGCAUACAUCACUGUGUGUCAAAGACAAGUGUUCAUUCCUGUGGAAUCCCUUCCUGAAGCUGGAGCAACUUAACAGCCUGAGCAAACACUAUUAAUACAGGCACGCUCCAUCCAAGGUGCCCCAAAUAUCACAGCUCUCUGAAUAAUGAUGUCUGUUGUGAGUGACUGGG